AUGACGGCUUUGUUUUGUUCAGAGAUUAAAGCAAAUUCUUCGAAAAAGCAUGAAGAAUUUGGCAACGUAAAUAUAAUAAUCACAAUGAUAAAAAUGAAAAGAUACACAGACAUUUUGUUGUACGUACCAAACUUGAUCGGUUAUCUUCGCAUUCUGCUUCUUCUUGUUGGUUGUUGCAUGCACAGUGAAGUUCACUUUAUCGUGUUUAUCAUUAUCUCUGCAGCUCUUGAUGUUACAGAUGGCAUUGCAGCUCGCCAACUGCGACAAGAAAGUGCUUUUGGUGAAUGGUUUGAUAUUGUCAUAGAUUUGUUUACGCGUGGUUUGUUAUGGUCCUGGUCUUUCCCUUUGUUCGGUUUUCUCGUAUUUGGGUUUGAAUUUUUAGUGUUUGUUUCCGUACACUGUUCGGGGUAUUCUUGGCAGAACAAGAAAAGGGAGAUGCAUUGGUUAGCGUCGUUGACGGUUAGUAAGGGUUUUAAAACGCCUUUUGGGGUUGUAGCUAUGAUUGGGCUGUGGGUUCUGCCUGUGUUAUUGUUAUGUGUACACUCAUGCACUCGAUAA